AUGUCAGCUCGAGCAAAAGAAAUCGAAGAGAAGAAAACCGAAAAAACAAUCGGAGCUGAUGGAAAAGCGAAAAAUCGAACAAUCUCAGAAUGUGCCGAUGUAAGUUUUGAGAAAAAAAACAAGAUAUUCAGUUUACACAUAUAUAUUUUUUUAGAACAAAACGCCGAUUACUGAAAAAGACGAUAAUGCAAAUCCAAAACCAAAAAAGAAGGGAAAAACGAAUCGAAGUGUGACUCGUCGAAAAAAUCAGCUCAUCGAUGAAAAAGAUUAUCGACCAACCAAUAAAAGACCAUCAGCUUUGAGUAUUCGAAAUGACGGAGGAACCAUCACAGUUGGAGAUACGCAGACAGUAUCAGCUCAUGGAAAAGUGGCUGGAUCGACGAGAAAAGGCGGAAAAAGUGUGGGAAAACAUCGAGAUACUGAUGGAUUGAUGGAAUUAGAUUUUCGAGAUGAAACUGAUAUGAAAAAAAUGUUGAAUAUGCAGUCAAGAUUGAAUAAGAAAAUUGAGGAAGCAAAAGCGAUAUCAGCAAUCGAAAAUACUGCAAAUCCACCAACAAGAGAAAGUAUUGAUUAUAUUGAAAUGAUCGAAAGACAUUAUGAGAAAGUUAUUUCUGGAGUUCACAAAAUCACUUAUAAAAAAUCGGAAUUUCAAACGGUUAUCGAAGAGGCUUCGCGUAUUUUUGCGGAAGAAUCUGCAUUGAUCGAUGUUGAUCCACCUUGCGUUGUUGUUGGUGAUUUGCAUGGACAAUUCAAUGAUCUUGUUAAUAUGUUCAUUUUGUUGGGAAGACCACCACAUACAGUUUAUGUUUUCACAGGUAAAUUUCGAAAUUGGGACGUUCUAAUAAAAAUCAGAAGUUUCUGAAUCACAAUAUAACAAAUUUGUUUUCGAAUAAGGAAAAUAGCCCAGUAUUCGCAAGUUAUAUUUUUCAAACUAAUGGGGUGAUUCAGGUCGAAAAAAAAACUAAAAAAAAACAUUUUUUUACAAAAAAAUUCGAUUCAGCAAAUGUCAAAAAACUAUAUUUUUUUUCUAUUUCUCGACAUUUUUUUACAUUUUUUUUUCAUUGAAACAUUUUCGCUGCGAGAUAUCUCUCAUUUUUGUGUGGAAAAAAAAUAUAGUUUUUUGACAUUUGCUGAAUCGAAUUUUUUUGUAAAAAAAUGUUUUUUUUUAGUUUUUUUUUUCGACCUGAAUCACACCAUAAAAAAAAAUAAUUUUUUCGAAUUCUCAAAUUUCAGGUGAUUAUGUUGAUCGUGGAAUGAUGAGUAUUGAAUGCAUCAUGCUUCUCUUCUGCUAUAAAAUAGCGUAUCCCGACAACAUUUUCUUACUUCGUGGAAAUCAUGAAAUUGCUCGAGUCAACAAAAGGUAUGGCUUCUACGAUGAAUGCGUCUCAUCGAUCCCGAAAUAUGGUGAAGAAAUCUGGGCACAAUUUCAAAGAUGUUUCAAUAAUCUGCCAAUUUCUGCACUUGUUGCCACCAAAAUAAUGUGUAUGCAUGGUGGAUUAUCUCCGUCGCUGGUCGAAUUGAAUGAUUUGAGAUCUCAAAAAAAGCCAAUUCGAAAUCCAUUUCGUGGACUUGUUAAUGAUAUGUUGUGGGCCGAUCCUGAUUUGUCAGUUUUGGAAUGGAAAAUUAGUUCGAGAGGUUCGGGUUUUGCGUUUGGUUCAAAUGUUAUUGAUGAUAUUUGUACAAGACUUGGAAUUGAGUUGAUUAUUCGAGCACAUCAAAUGUGUUUCGAUGGAUAUUGGACAAUUCCGGGAAGCAAAUUGAUUACCAUAUUCAGUGCACCAGUUUAUUGCAAUUUGUAUAAGUGAGUUUUUUAGAGCGAGGGGGAGGGUGGGGUCAAAAUUGUUCAGAAAUUGAUUGCUUUUGAAGACGGGUAGAAAACAUUGAAAUUUAUGAGAAAAAAUCCAAACUACGUUGAUCAGAUUUUCACUUAGCUGUUCUCUUCAAUCUUUUCUCUUCUUUAAAAAUUUCGUAUUUCAUCCCAGAAAUGCUGGCUGUGUUUUGAAAAUUGACGAAAAGCUGACAGUUCAAAUAGUUGCAUUCGUUCCCGAAUCAGAUACAGUUGAAGCAAUUAUCAGAGAGAAAAAUCGAGUUUGGGAUGCCGCUUUUGAUAGUUUUGGUUUUCAAUUAAAAUAA